AUGUUCGAUCAGUUCAGUGAAAGCGACCAUGGCAACAACUACUCCCCUUUGAAUGUUACCGAUUGGCGAGAUCAACACAACGACACUGCCGACAACCCCAUUGCAGCUUGGCAUUCACUUGGAGAUUCCACAGCGCCCAUCAAACCCGGAGGAAUAGGACUAGGGAACUUGCAUAGAAAGGGCGCCAACUAUAAGCCUAUUACGGAUGAGGCUAUACUACAGCAACGGCUGAGGCAGCAACAACCGUCAACCAAGAAUGGGCAACAACCAAAGCCAAAAAAGGUUCCUACUACAGAGCGACCUGAAGUAUUUGCAAAUCGUCAAGCAGCAGGAGGAUGGGGAUCAGGAAAGCUUUUAUCGGUUCCAUUUUGGGAGCAACCAUCAUCAUCGUCAUCAUCUUCAUUGUUGGAUGAACAACAAACACCUUCAGCAACACCCUCCUCCACCACAUCUACAACAACACUUACCCCUAUUACAUCAUCCAUUUUACCCACAGAGCAACCUCUUCUUCAUUUCAAUAUCAAACUUGCCGAAGGCAUCACCAUAUCGUUCAUCAUUCGGAAGGGCGAUGACAUAGAAACAGCUACAGACAACUUCAUAUCCGAUCAUCGUUUACAUGUAUCACCAGAAGCCAGAAAGGGGAUCGUGCGUACCGUUGCCAUGGUCUACGAAGCAAAACUCAAUUCAAUCCAGAAUACAACAUAG